UUUUUUUUAGAGGAAUUGCGUUCCAUUUGCCUGGCUCUGAUUGGUCGAAAGCAGUAGCGUUCUCUUUUCCUAUUGGCUGCUUCCCUGUCCGUCAUCUUAUGCUCCGCGCUCAUUGGCUAUCUGGACGGAAGCGAGGCGGUUUCUUCAAGUUGAUGGUAAAAUUCCUGCCCUGCAUCCGAGAACUUCGGGAGAGUUCUUCCCCUGGAGCGGAAAACCGAGCCGAGCCGAACCAGAACCCGAGCGCGAUGACUGCGGUGCGCCUGGCCUUGAUUCUGGGCCUCGUUCAGCUCUGCCGACCCGAACCGCGGACCGGGAAGCCCGAUGAGCUGCUGGUGAUCACGGCCGCGACCGAAGUGACCGACGGCUACCUGACUACCAUCCGUCAGUUCAACUACACCGUUCAGGUUCUGGGUCUGGGUGAGGACUGGAAGGGUGGAGAUGUGGCCCGGACCGUCGGAGGAGGACAGAAGGUUCGAUGGCUGAAGAAAGAACUGGAGAAACACAAAGACAAACCUAACACCGUCAUCAUGUUUGUGGACAGUUAUGAUGUGAUUUUAGUAAGCGGUCCAGAGGAGCUGCUCAGGAAGAUUUAAUAAGUACGUUUCUCGACUAUUUUUGGUUUUCGUAGCUUAUACAGUGCUUCUGCGGUUGACCAGAGACUGUGUGCGUCCACAUACCCAGUUAUGAUGCAUCACGGUCCAGAGGAGCUGCUCAGUGUAGGUUUCAUCGGCUAUGCUCCUGAGAUUCAUGCUUUAGUGAAGCAGUGGAAAUACAAGGACGACGAUGACGACCAGCUGUUCUACACACGCAUCUACCUGGAUAAAGAGCAGAGGAGGAAGUUCAACAUCACUCUGGACCACAAAUCCCACAUUUUUCAGAAUCUCAAUGGAGCUAUAGAGGAAGUGGUCCUGAAGUUUGAGAAAUCCAGAGUCAGAGCACGGAACGUGGCCUAUGACACACUUCCUGUCGUUAUCCAUGGCAACGGUCCGACUAAGCUCCAGCUGAAUUAUCUGGGUAACUACGUGCCGACGGCGUGGACGUAUGAACACGGCUGUGGGAUCUGUGACGAUGAUCUGCUGGACCUGAGCGGUCUGUCUGACGAGGAGAUGCCGCUGGUGUAUGUGGCCGUGUUUAUCGAGCAGCCGACGCCGUUUCUGGAAGAAUUUCUGGAGAGACUCGCAACUUUGAACUACCCACACACACGCUUACGACUCUUCAUACACAACAACGUUGUGUAUCACGAGCAGCACGUAGAGCGCUUCUGGACUCGCCACCGCUUGCUCUUCCCUGGGGCGAGACUCGUCGGACCGGAAGAAAACCUCAAACAAGACCAGGCCAGGAACAUGGCAGUCGAGGCGUGUAAGAAGGACGUCUCCUGCGAUUAUUUCUUCAGCAUCGACUCUGAUGUUGCUCUGACCAAUUCAGAUAUUUUAAGGAUCCUUAUUGAAGAGAACAAAGCUGUGAUCGCUCCCAUGCUGUCUCGACACGGCAAGCUCUGGUCCAACUUCUGGGGAGCUCUGAGUCCGGAGGGUUUUUACUCGCGCUCGGAGGACUACAUCGACAUCGUCCAGAGCAAGAGAGUUGGACUGUGGAACGUUCCCUACAUCACUCAGGUCUAUCUUCUCCGUGGAGAGACUCUCCGCUCUCGUCUGGCCGCCGUCUCUCUCUAUCAGCAGGAGGGCAUGGACGCAGACAUGAGCUUCUGUAAGAGCGUCCGGGAGCAGGGCAUCUUCAUGUUCGUGUCAAACAGGGAUGAGUUUGGCCGUCUGGUCUCCUCCACCAAUUACAACAUCAGCCGUCUUCAUCCAGACAUGUGGCAGAUAUUCGACAACCCAAUGGACUGGAGAGAGAAAUACAUCCAUGAGAAUUACUCCAAGAUUUUUGAAGAUGAUGAGAAGAUCGUUGAGCAGCCCUCAGGCGUGUACUGGUUCCCAGCGUUCUCUGAAAGAAUGUGUGAUGAGCUUGUGGAGACCAUGGAGGACUUCGGUGGAUGGUCUGGAGGAAAACACACGGACGAACGGUUAGCUGGAGGUUAUGAGAACGUUCCCACAGUCGACAUUCACAUGAAUCAGAUCCAGUACGAGAAAGAGUGGCUGAAGUUCCUCAAGGACUACAUCGUUCCUGUGAUGAAGCUCUACCCAGGGUACUACCCCAAGGCUCAGGCUGUGAUGAACUUUGUGGUCCGUUACCGCCCCGAUGAGCAGCCGUCGCUCCGUCCUCAUCACGACUCGUCCACGUUCACCAUCAACAUCGCGCUCAACAGCAAAAACAUUGACUAUGAGGGCGGAGGCUGUCGGUUCCUGCGUUACGACUGUAAGGUGGAGGCUCCCAGGAAGGGCUGGUCGUUCAUGCACCCGGGCCGACUCACACACUAUCACGAGGGACUUCCUGUCACGCAAGGAACGAGAUACAUCAUGGUGUCCUUCGUUGACCCUUAACUCUGUCUCUGUGUGUGUGUGUGUGUGUGUGUGUGUGUGUGUGUGUGUGUGUGUGUGUGUGUGUGUGUGUGUGUGUGUGUGUGUGUGUGUGUGUGUCUGUGUGUGUGUGUGUGUGUGUGUGUGUCUCUGUAAAUUAACAAGUGAGAUGUUAUGAGCGGAGGCUCUCAGACAUUCUCUCCUUCAGCACAAAUCUUCCCUAAAGCUUGAUGAGAGGAGAAUUUUUACUUGAUUUUUAUAGAACAAUCAAAUCUGAUGUUUGUUGUUUUACGUUUUUUUUAUUAUUAUUAAAGAGUUGUAGUCCUCCGUUUAGCUUUUAUACUCGAGCUUUGUACAAACCGCUUUAAAUUAUUUGUUGCCUUCUGAAAAUAAAUAAAUACUAUAAAACAGAAGCAGGUUUUGUUCAAUGCUUUUAUCAUGUUUCUAUAAUCCUGUGUCUUUCAGAGCAGACUUCAUUGAUUCAUAUGACUUCUAGUGUCUUAAUUAAACAAAAUAUUACACAAUA